CCAAACACUACGUGCCGCAGCAACAUACAACGAACACAACGAAGUAAAAUCCUAGCUCGAUACACAACUACACAUAAAAGAAGCGGAGGAACGGCGAAUCGUUUUGGGGGGGGCAGAGAGAAACUGCGAAGAAGAGAGUACAGGUGAUUCGUCUCUCGAUCGAACUUUCAAGCCUCGAUUCAGCAUCUCCAUUUACGCAGACCCAUCGAAUAAGAGGUUUGCUUCCUUUGGAUUUGUUUUCGCUUGUCAGUCUCGUCAAUUCGCUUUCCUUGUUAACAGGUAAUUAUCGCUAGUAUCUCUAUAGGAAUAUGGAUCAGCCUGAGGAUGAAUGUCAGGUGGGGGGUGAACAUCAUGGCAAGCAAGAUGAUGAGGAUGCUGUUGCACGACAGGAGGAAUUUAAGAAGUCAAUAGAAGCAAAAAUAGCUCUUCGUCAAAGUAACUUGAAUCCUGAAAGGCCUGACUCUGGUUUUCUCAGGACAUUAGAUUCCAGCAUUAAGCGCAACACCGCAGUUAUCAAGAAACUCAAGCAGAUUAAUGAAGAGCAACGGGAAAGUUUGAUGGAUGAUUUGCGAAGUGUCAACUUAAGCAAAUUUGUUAGUGAAGCAGUGACAGCUAUUUGUGAUGCCAAGCUUAGAUCUUCAGACAUACAAGCUGCGGUUCAGAUAUGUUCUUUGCUUCAUCAAAGGUACCAAGAAUUCUCGUCAAGCUUGGUUCAGGGCCUCUUAAAAGUCUUCUUUCCUGGGAAGUCUGGGGAUGAUUCUGAGGCGGACAGGAAUUUAAGAGCCAUGAAGAAGCGCAGCUCUUUAAAACUCCUUUUGGAACUUUUCUUUGUUGGUGUCACAGAAGACAGUGGCAUUUUCGUUAAUAUCAUAAAGGACCUUACUAGCGCAGAUCACCUGAAGGAUCGAGAUGCAACUCAGACAAAUCUCUCUCUUCUUGCCAGUUUUGCACGACAAGGGAGAACUUUCCUGGGACUUCAACAGUCUGGACAAGAACUUCUUGAGGAGUUUUUCAAGGGCCUCCAUAUCACUGUUGAUCAGAAGAAAAUUUUCAGGAAGUCAUUGUGUGCAUAUUAUGAAGCAGCUGCAGGACUUCUUCAGUCAGAGCAUAGUUCUCUUCGUCAAAUGGAGCAUGAAAAUGCAAAGAUCCUGAAUGCAAAAGGAGAGUUAAGUGAUGAAAAUGCCAGUUCAUAUGAAAAGCUGCGAAAGUCUUACGAUCAUCUGUAUCGUGGUGUGUCAGCUUUAGCUGAAGCUCUUGACAUGGAACUUCCGGUGCUGCCAGAGGAUGGUCACACAACUAGGGUCACAACUGGGGAGGACACAUUAUCACCUGGUUCUGGAAAAGAUUCUUCAGUGCUUGAAGCAAUGUGGGAUGAUGAAGAUACUAGAGCUUUUUAUGAAAGCUUACCAGAUCUCAGAGCAUUUGUUCCUGCAGUAUUACUGGGAGAAGCAGAACCCAAGUUGAAUGAGCAAUCUCCGAAGACACAAGAACAACCAUUGGAUUCGCCACCUGAAUCAGACCAAGGCCAGAUGGCUAGCCUAGAUUCGGCAGAAGUUUCUGCAGAUCCUGGAACUUCUCAGGAGGGAGCAAAUGAGAAAGGUAAAGACAAAGAUGAAAAGGAUAAAGAAAGGACCAGAGACCAAGACAAAGAGAAAGGAAAAGGCAAAGAUGCUGAAAGAAAGGGCGAAACUGAAAAGGAGAAAACUAAAGGUCUUGAAGGGACAAAUUUGGAUGGUCUAUUGCAGAGGCUACCCAGUUGUGUGAGCCGUGACCUUAUUGAUCAGUUGACUGUGGAGUUUUGUUAUUUAAAUUCCAAAUCAAACCGGAAAAAGCUUGUGAGGGCUUUGUUUAAUGUUCCAAGAACAUCUCUAGAACUGCUGCCAUACUACUCACGGAUGGUUGCCACUCUGUCAACUUGCAUGAAGGAUGUCUCUUCCAUGCUCUUGCAGUUGUUGGAGGAAGAGUUCAACUUUUUGAUAAAUAAGAAGGAUCAAAUAAAUAUUGAGUCAAAGAUCAGGAAUAUUCGGUUCAUUGGAGAACUCUGCAAGUUCAAGAUUGCUUCAGCUGGCUUUGUUUUUUGUUGUUUUAAGACUUGUUUGGAUGACUUUACUCAUCACAACAUUGAUGUUGCCUGCAAUCUUCUCGAGACAUGUGGUCGUUUUCUUUACCGCUCCCCUGAAACUUCUGUACGCAUGGCUAACAUGCUGGAGAUUUUAAUGCGCUUAAAAAAUGUCAAAAAUUUGGAUCCUCGUCACAGUACACUAGUGGAAAAUGCAUACUACUUGUGCAAACCACCGGAAAGAUCUGCACGAAUCUCAAAAGUCCGUCCUCCAUUGCAUCAGUACAUCAGAAAACUACUUUUCUCAGAUCUCGAUAAGUCCUCCAUCGAGCAUGUGCUAAGACAGCUUCGUAAACUACCAUGGAAUGAAUGCGAGCCGUACCUUGUAAAAUGCUUUACGAAGGUUCACAAGGGCAAGUAUGGUCAGAUUCACUUGAUUGCUUCACUUACUGCUGGCUUGAGUCGCUAUCAUGAUGAAUUUGCAGUUGCUGUUGUUGAUGAGGUCUUGGAGGAAAUCAGGGUGGGACUAGAGUUGAAUGACUUUGGGAUGCAACAACAACGCCUUGCCCACAUGCGGCUCUUAGGGGAGCUGUACAACUAUGAGCAAUUGGAUUCGUCUGUUAUUUUUGAUACACUCUACUUGAUUCUCAUUUUUGGCCUUGGGACCUUAGAGCAAGAUGUGUUGGAUCCGCCCGAAGAUUUUUUUCGUGCCAGAAUGGUCAUUACACUUCUGGAAACUUGUGGGCAUUAUUUUGAUCGAGGUUCUUCAAAGAGGAAACUCGAUCGAUUCUUGAUUCAUUUCCAGAGGUACAUCCUUAGCAAAGGCGCAUUACCACUCGAUAUUGAAUUUGACUUACAGGACUUAUUUGCAGAUUUACGCCCAAAAAUGACACGAUAUUCAUCUGUUGAAGAAGUUAAUGCAGUUCUGAUUGAACUUGAGGAGCAUGAACGUACUGCUUCCACAGAUAAGGCCUACAGUGAGAAGCACUCAGACAUAGAAAAACUUCCAAGCAGUGCUACAUCUGGCAGCAUCUCAGUGAAUGGACAAAACCUUGUGAAUGGUAUUCUUGAGGAAAAUGGGGGAGGUCAUGAGGGAAUUCCGGACAGUGACACUAAUUCAGAGAGUAGUACCAUUGACCCAGAGGGACAUGACGAGGAAGAAGAUUUGGAUGAAGAGAAUCAUGACGACGUGGGCGACAGUGAGGAUGAUUAUGAUGAUGGUGACGGAAUAGAGGAUGAUGAGGAUGAAGAAGUCCACUUUCGGCAGAGGGUCAUAGAGAUGGACCCUCUGGAGGAAGCUGAGUUUGAAAAAGAACUCAAGGCUCUGAUGCAGGAGAGCUUGGAUUCACGAAAACUAGAAUUGCGAGCCCGACCAACACUUAACAUGGCGAUACCAAUGAAUGUCUUUGAGGGCCCCACAAAGGAUCAUCACGGAAGGGGGGGCUUCGAGGUGGAAAGCGGUGACGAGACGUUGGAUGAGGAGCCGGGUGGAAGCAAGGAAGUUAGGGUGAAAGUUCUCGUAAAGCGAGGGAGCAAGCAACAGACGAAACAGAUGUACAUUCCUAGGGAUUGUUCACUCGUGCAAAGCACCAAACAGAAAGAAGCAGCUGAGCUGGAAGAGAAACAAGACAUCAAGAGAUUGGUUUUGGAAUAUAAUGAUAGGGAAGAGGAGGAGCAUAACGGGGUGGGGACACAACCGACAGGAUGGAUGCAAAGUGGCGGGGGAAGCAGAGUUUCAGGUCGGGGCCACGCAUGGGAUGGACACAGUGGAAGGGGGAGUGCUGGAUCGCGGAACCGUUAUUUUCAGCAUUAUUCAGGUGGUGGAGUCUAUUAUAGUAGAAGAAAGUGAAACUAGAACCUUACUAAUAAAGCUUGAGAGAUGAUUCUGCACCCUGAAAGAUACGUCGGUUGCAGAUACAUAUACAUGAAGAAUAUGUAUAUGUGUAUAUACGUGUCCCUGUGGUGGUGAUGAAUUCCUACUGCCUAGUUUGGUUUCAAAGAAGUGGAAGGAUCUAUCUUGAUAUUUCUCAUUAUUUGGUGACGAUUUCUUCUGUUGGAGAUGCUGAUGAUCCAUGCCAUCUUUGCCUUUGGUAUAAGAAUAAUCGGGAAAUGUUAUAAUCUUCUACUGCUAUAGCCACAAGAGUAAAAGCCGAGGGUACGUCUUCUGGAGAGAAGAUUGAUUCUCCUCAAACGCUUCAUCAAGGUUAGAAUCGUAUUUUCAGGUGUUGCUGUAAUUAGAAGGUAACAUUUUGGAAGAGUUCGAUGACUCAUCCAUUUGUAUGGGUUUUGUGGUGGCUAAAAUUAUCUCGCCCAGAACUUUUCAGAACCUAUAUUUGCCUAUGUAGUUUGUAUGUAUGUAUGUAAUAAAGGUUGGAUACAGAGUAAUUUUUGUGA